GAUUACAAACACGGAAAUCGCUGAGGCGGACGUCAGCGUUGCAUGAGUGUUGAAUUCUAAAGGUUUUAUUAAUUAAAUAGAAUCCUUUUCACUUGCACAAGUGUUUGUGUAAAAGCCCAGCUCGCUUUACUCUUAUUCAGUCUAUGGAUUUUCUGCAGCUGCUAUCAUGUGCGUGCAUCAUAUUCACCGUCGGGAUGUUCACGACGGGAUUGACCGACUUGAAGAAAAUGAAGGCCACACAGAGUGCAGAUAACGUUCAGUUUCUGCCUUUUCUUACCACGUGCUUAAAUAAUCUUGGCUGGCUGUACUAUGGAUUACUAAAGGGAGAUGGAACAGUGAUUUUUGUGAACAUCAUUGGAGCCUUUUUACAAACCGUGUACAUUGCCACCUACUGUCAUUAUACCAAAGAAAAGAGGCGAGUAUAUACUCAGACCCUCCUGAUGGUGAGUGUGUUGUGUGUGGCCUGGGUUUACUUCUCGCUGGUGAUUUCUCCCGGUGAAGCUCAACUCUCUCAGCUGGGCCUGACGUGCAGUGUGUUCACCAUCAGCAUGUACCUCUCUCCACUCGCUGACCUCUUGGACAUCAUGCGGACCAAGUCUGUAGAGCGCUUGUCUUUUUCCUUGACCGUUGCUACAUUUUUUACCUCUACAUCAUGGACUCUGUAUGGCCUUCAGCUGGGGGACUAUUAUAUCAUGGUGCCCAACACCCCUGGCAUCUUUACGAGCCUCAUUCGCUUCUUCCUCUUCUGGUGGUUCGGAGCAGUCAUUCCCCAAAUCCCAUCCUAUAAACUCAUCCAGAUCUGAAGAGGAUUUGGAUUGAAUCUGAAUAAGUGCCUUCUCCACUUUCCUUUACCCAAGCCACAAGAGCUUUUGGUUUUCUUGAAAUGCUAUCUGAGCUCAAACCUCUAGUGAAACUGGCACUUUAAAUGCUCAAUUUUCACAGUUACUUUAGUCAAGUGGGUAGCACAAAAAUCUUAUUCUGUCACCAUUUACUCAUCCUCAUGUUUUUCCCAAUUCUGAAUGAGUUGGUUCUUCUACCUGUACCAUGGAAGUCUGGCUACAAGCAUUCUAUAAAAUAUAUUAUUUUGUGUUGAAUAGGAAAACGAAGUCAGGUUUGGAUAAAUAAUGCUAAUGAUAAGAACAUUCAUUUCAAAAUUUGGAAUUCAUCUAUGCUCAUUCCAAACCUUUAUGCUUUUCUGUCUAUUCACGAAAAAUUAUGAAGUCUUUUUUUAUUGUUUUUUUUUUCUUCCUUCAGUUACAGAGAACUGAGGUUUUUCUGUGUUUAAAAAAAAGACACAAAAGCACGGUCAUAUUGAAGGGGCCAUUAAUAACUCUUUAUCUGAAACUGAAACCUGUUCUUUAAGAGUGAUAUUUUUAAUCGCCCUGUUGAUUUUGUUCUGAAGAUUUUUUGAUCUUACGCCUUACAAAACUUUUUUUUUUUCAAUCUACUCUACCAAUUCUUUGUUACUGGAUGGGGAAAAUCCUCUGAGUUUCCUUUUGUCUGUUUCCUGUUAGUCAUACGGGUUUGGAGCCACAUGCGGAUGAGUAAACAAUAGUUGUGUACUAAUUUCUGGUGAAUUUCAGUGGUGACAGACAAUUGUUCAUUUUUUUAAACCUUGUUAUGAUGGAGAUGCUCUCAGUUUGUUUGUCAGGUAUUUCUGAGUUAAUAAGUGUCAAAGUCUGCAAAUAUGACACACCCCAAACCGAGAGCUCAAACCUGUUUCCUGUUACAGUCUUUUCUUUUGAAAUGACGUUUUGUUAUUACAGAGAUGUCUACCUUUUCUUUUUCUUUUUUUUUAUAAUUGGGUAAAUACUUUAAGUGGCCUUUAGGAAAGUGUAACGUUCUUGAAUGUACUGUUUCAGAUCCCUCAUUAAUCAUACUGUUGGCUAAUUUAUUACAAUAUCAUCCUUAAUUGUCUCUGAAUAUCUCAGUUUGGCAGCUAUUUAAUCAGCGAUAAACUCCCAAAUGAUGCU